AUGCUUCCCUUCGACCCAUCAACCACCAAGAAGGAUGAUUUAGAGGCUAUUGGUUUUGGGCUAUCAUCCUUAGUCGUCCAUGUUAAGGACACCAAUUCUGUCGUCAAAACAUUUCCUCCUCUUGACAAGGACCAAGAUGGUGAGAGGAGGAUAUAUGAGCAUUUACAGCGUCAGAACUGCCACCACCCCAACAUACUCAAAUACUUUGGAAGCUGGCCGUACCAGAUUGUAUCGGCAAUGGACUUCAUUCAUUCACGCGGUGUUAUACGCGGUGAUAUAGGGCUUCAUAACUUGCUCACCCAUGACGAUGGGGGGAUUGUCCUUUGUGAUUUUGCUGGGUCUGGCAUGGAAGGCUUACCGCCAACCAUUGGCGCUGGUGUGCGAUAUUCGGAUCCGCAGCGUAACGACAACAUGUAUUCGACGAAAGAAGAUGAUAUUUUUGCUCUUGGAACUGUGUUGUACGAGCUCAGUGCUCGGAAACGGCUCUUCGAUGGCCAAAGUAGUUAG